AUGAGCAGCCUACCACCAACCCUAUCAACCCACAGCCUCACCUACACCUUCCAAAACCACUCCACCGGUCUCUCCAACAUCUCCCUCGACCUCCCCGCCCGGUCCCGCACCCUCCUAAUCGGCGCCAACGGCGCCGGCAAAACCACCCUCCUCCGCCUCCUCGCCGGCAAGCGCCUCGCGCCCGAAGGCAGCAUCCAAGUCUCCGGCGUCGACCCCUUCAAGAAAACCCCCGAGGGCGUGACCUACCUCGGCCUGGAAUGGGUCCUCAACGCCAUCGUGCGGACUGACAUCGGCGUGGACGAGCUGCUGCGGUCGGUUGGCGGGGAUACCUACCCGGAGCGCCGGGAUGAGUUGGUUGGUGUGCUGGAUAUUGAUACCAGCUGGCGCAUGCAUGCUGUGUCGGAUGGUGAGCGGCGCCGGGUGCAGUUGGCUAUGGGGCUGAUCCGGCCGUGGAGGGUGUUGUUGCUGGAUGAGAUUACGGUGGAUUUGGAUGUGUGGAGUCGCGCGCAGUUUUUGGGGUUCUUGCGGCGGGAGACGGAGGGCCGGGAUUGUACUGUUGUGUAUGCCACGCAUAUUCUUGAUAACUUGGCGGAGUGGCCGACGCACCUGGUGCACAUGCACCUCGGCACGGUGAAGGCGUGGGGCCCUGCGGAAGAGAUGUUGAAGGAGGUGGAGAAGAAAGAUGCGGAUGAAGGGGAUGGCGUGGUGGGUGUGGCUGGAAACAGUAAGCUGGGUGAGUUGGUGCUGCGCUGGCUGAGGGAUGAUUUGAAGGAGAGAGGUCCGCGGAGCCAGCACAAGCGUGGGCCGGAGGGUUGGACGUAUGCCGUCACUGGUCUCGGCGGUUAUGGCUUUGAGCCUAAGGGCUCGGAUGGGGACAAGGAGUAA